AUGGGAGACCACCUGCACCAACAACAACAUUUGGAUCUUGAUCCUGGUUUCAGGUUCCAACCGACCGAUGAGGAACUAAUUAGUUUCUACCUAAACCAGAAGGUGAAGGAUAGGAGCUUCUGCACCAUCGCCAUUGGAGAGGUGGACAUUAAUAAGUGUGAGCCAUGGGAGCUCCCCAUGAAGGCAAAGAUGUCAGGACCAGGGGCGACCGAGUGGUACUUCUACUACCACAAGGACCGCAAGUACCCCAUGAGCCACAGGACCAACCACGCCACCAAAGCCGGGUUCUGGAAGAUCACCGGCAAGGACAAGGAGAUCUUCCAUCGCCAUGGUCUCCUCAUCGGCAUGAAGAAGACACCUGUCUUCUACAUGGGCAGGGCUCCAAAUGGUAAGAAGACCAACUGGGUCAUGCAUGAGUAUAGGAUCAUAAGCAACAAUGACAAGAUGCCCUCUUAUAGCACCAACAACACCAUUACCGAUCAAUCUUCUAACUCAAAGGACGAGUGGGUGGUUUGUCGGAUCUUCGAGAAGAGCAUUGGGAUCAACGAGGUGGUUGUGUCGUCGUACCCCAUGGUGCCUAUGAACAAUAACCAGAUCAUGGCGCCCAUGGCUAUGACCAUCCGAGAUCAACAGCAGGGCUUCGACACCAAUACCACACCAUGCACACAGAUAGUACAACCGCCUUCUCUCAUGGACCCCGCCUCCUCCAUGUAUCAUCUAUAUGACAACAUUGGAUCAUCGUCGUUGGCACCACUCUCAACUAAUGACAACCUCUACUUUGCAAAUAACCAGACGCCACCCAUGUCCUUGUACCAACAUCAUAUGCAGACGCCGACACAACUGGGUGCAACGACAGAUGAGGGCUUCUUGGGCAUCGACACCUGGGACAUCGUCCAUGGUGUCAUGGGACCACAAUACCACCACCAAUAAGAUCACGCCAAUGGUCCUAUGGGCAUGGAUGGCAUGUGAAAUUACUGAUGAUCCAAGGCUGCAUUGUCCUCUGUUGUGAGUUGCAUCAUAUUUACAUAUAUGGAAUAAGGAAAUUAUAGUGAGUCGCGCCGUAAUAAUUUGUGUGUGUGACCAUUUGUGUUGCGAUUGAGUUUCUUCUGUGGCAUGUCUUUGGUCUUAGCAUGUGUGUUUAAUAUCUGAAUUGUGUGAUUGUGUUGUAAAUCCCUGGUGGUGUUCAUUAUCCUUAGGAAUUAUAUAUGUUGUUUAAUUAAAAACUAAAUGUUAUAGUAUGAAGUUAGUUGCUUAUGUAUUUUGAAGACGCCUUCCAGGCUCACUCAACCUUUAAAUACUCAUAAGAUCCUUGACGUGUCACGUGUAUUUUGUAUCAUAUGUACUUGAUUAAACCCGAGUGCUCUACUUGGGCUUUUGGUGGACCAAUGUUAGUCCCAAUAUUUUGACAAUGAUCGCAGCCCAUGUACCUCUUUCCACUGGUUU